AUGAUAGUCUUUUGUUUUUUAAGGCAACACUGGAGGAGGCUGUGGUGGUCAAGAGAUGCUUAUCGGAGUAUGAGAGGUUGUCCGGGCAGGUUGUUAACUAUAGAAAAUCCAGCAUUUGUUUCAGUUGCAACACCCCCAGUCCGACAAGAGACUUUUUAUCUCAAUUUUUUGAUGUAGAGCAAGCUUCCGAUUUUGGUAAAUAUCUUGGUCUCCCCCCUUUCCUGGGAAGAAAUAAAGCUAAUGUGUUCUCAUAUAUCCAUGAUAAGAUUCGUGUGCGGAUGAGUGGGUGGUCAAAGAAACUUCUCUCGAAGGCCGGAAAGGAAAUUCUGCUGAAGACAGUUGCGCAAGCUAUGCCUCAGUUUGCUAUGAGUGUUUUUUUGUUACCAUCUCAACUUUGUCAAAGUAUUGAAAACCUUAUGAACUCCCUUUGGUGGGGUGGGAAAGGGCAGAAUUCUAAAGGGAUCCAUUGGAUGUCUUGGACAAGGAUGGCAGUACCAAAGAAUUUUGGUGGUUUGGGCUUUAAACAGCUGAGAGCUUUUAAUGUGGCGAUGCUGGGAAAACAGGGGUGGAGGUUUCUCACCCGACCUGAGGCACUUGUCUCUCGGGUUUUUAAAGCAAGGUACUUUCCUACGUCUUCAUUUUUGGAGGCUCAUUUGGGGGCUAAUCCUAGUUCUUGUUGGCGAAGUAUUUUGGAGUCACAAUCACUGCUUUUGGAGGGUAUCCGUCGUAGGGUGGGUAAUGGUCGGGACACUCUGAUAUGGGAUAGUCCUUGGCUUAAUGAUUCUCAACAACCUUGUAUCCUUACGGAGAGACCACCGUUUAUGCCCAAUCUCCCAGUAGAAUUUCUGAUUGAGUCUGGUUCGGGUCAUUGGAAGGAAGAAGUGGUGCGGGAAUGGUUCUUGCCUGUUGAUGUGCAACGCAUUCUUGCACUACCUUUGGGCACCAUCAGUGAUGAUAACUGGUACUGGGAAGGGCCGUCCCAGGGAGCUUAUUCGGUGAAAGAAGGUUAUCGGCGUUCGGUCGGGGAGUUAACAGUCUGUCCGGGUUUUUCAAAGUGGCGUCAACUUUGGCGGGUUUCAGUGGCUCCGAAGCUCAAGGUCUGUGUGUGGCGAGCUCUUCGGGACAUUCUUUCGACCAUCUCUUCUCUUAAUUCUAAAGUCAUCGUGGGGGUUUGGGCGAUCUGGAAAGCACGCAAUAAGGCGGUUUGGGAGAGGCAGGUGCC